CCAAUUCCCGCGAGACCCGGAUAUGCAAAUGAGUUGUUUGGGCGUAUCGCCAUGACAGCAGCCGACGCCAAGCACAAAUAAAACAUACACGUUUACUUGUGUUUCCAUUCAUUUCCAAGGAUCUCUCUUGCCCGGACCUCCUGUUUUUGUACCCAAGGAACCUAGAAACACAUUUGAGGAUGGCUUCUCUGCCUUUUUUGCCGGGAAAUAGCUUCACCGAUCCUACGAAAACAAAGUUCCACCUGUGCCACUCCCUGAACUACAAAAAUGGCUACUCCGUCCCGGCCGCGUACCCAACUGUCGGAAUCGGAGGAGAAAGGCUCAAGGUCAACCAGCUUUCGGAAGGCGAACUUGACAAACUGGCCAAUCAGAAGCCUACGCUGACCUACGGACAAGCAAGGCCGCAACCGCCAGAGGACUUCAUCCCUGCACACAAGGCUUUCGACAAAAAGGUACUGAUGUUCAAGGCGUACUACAAGCAGACCGUGCACGAGUCCCCAAACGAGCAUUACCGGAUCCGACCGGUUAACAUCUACUACUACCUGGAGGAUGACAGCAUUUCAGUGGUCGAACCGGUCGUGGAGAACUCUGGGAUGCCUCAGGGUAAGCUGAUCAAGCGUCAGCGUCUGCCGAAGGACGACCAGGGGAACCACUGGCACUGGAAGGACCUCAACAUGAGCAUGAACGUCACUUUCUACGGGAAGGUGUUCCACAUUGUGGACUGUGACAAGUUCACGCAGGACUACCUGGAGAGUGAGGGGAUCGAGCUGAACGGCCCGUCUGCCAUGCCGGCCGACCCGUACAACUACCAGCGCGUGGAGUCUGCUCGUCUGCAGAUGUUCAAGACACCGUCCGACUUCGACAAGCUGAAGCAGUUCCUCACCAUGGACAGGAAGGUGUUGCGUUUCUACUGCGUGUGGGACGACCGUGACCAGAUGUUCGGUGAGAUGCGCCCGUUCGUGCUGCACUACUACCUGGUGGAUGACACCGUGGAGGUGCGCGAGGUCCGCACACCAAACUCAGGCCGCGACCCCUUCCCUGUCCUCAUCGGCCGUCACAAGCUGCCCAAGAACAGGGACAAUGUGGAAUCGUCUUUCCCGGCUGUCGUCAUGGAGCUUUCGGAGCAUGAGAUCAAGGACUGGUUCAAGCCAGCUGACCUGGACAUCGGGAAGACCGUGUACGUCUACGGUCGCCGAUUCCUGCUUUACGACUGCGAUGACUUCACGCGGGCGUACUAUGCCCACAGGCUGGGCCGCGGCGCCAUGGGCUCUGUGGACGUCAACCAGGCGCACCCCAACCUGCCCAAAAUGGAAAUCCCCCCGUACAAUGGUUUCGGCUCCAUGGAGGACUCCAUGCAGAACUGCCUGUCCCUGAUCCCACAGCCUCCCAAGAAGGACUACAUCAAGAUGAUGGAAAACGACCACAAAAUCCUCAGAUUCGAGGCAACCAUGGACUCGGUCCAUCCUGAGGAUAACAACCGGCGUUUCAUCAUCUCGUACCGCCUGUCAGACGACAUGAUCUCCAUCUACGAACCACCUGUCCGCAACUCCGGAAUCAUCGGAGGAAAGUUCCUGGAGGCAACCCGCAUCACCAAACCCGACUCGGACCCAGAAAACCCUGAGUUCUACUCCCCGGCCGACUUCGCUAUCGGGAAUAUCAUCGUGGUGUUCAAGCACAGGUUCCAGAUCACAGAUGCAGAUGAGUACGUUCUGCGGUACAUGGAGGCUCACGCCGACACGUUCCCUCCCCAGAGCCAGGCCCUGCAGUCCUUCCGCGCCCGCCACGGACCCCACACGGACGACGUCGUCAAGAACACGCCUGUCACGGUCCAGAGAACGGGAGGAGACCUGGGUGACCUGGUACAGGAGGUCCGCCUGCAGCUGCAGAAGGAUAACUACAUGAACCACAGCUCCCUGCGUGAGGCGUUCCUCUGGUACGACAAGGAUCGCUCCGGCAAGAUAGACAAGAGCGAAGUCCGCAACCUCUGCCGGCGCUGCAACCUUCCUGUCGAUGAUGAUCUACUCGAUGCACUGAUUGCAGAGUGUGACCACAACAAAGACGGACAGAUCGACUACUUCGAGUUCAUCAAGUUCUUAAACUGGUCUUAAAGAAUAAAGAAACGUUUAGGAGUUAAGGUUUUAAAAAUGGACUCAGAAUCACUGUACAGUUAUUUCACUUGCACAACUUAACAGCAUUAUAAGUCUUGUCAUUUCAGUGAAGAAAAAAAGCAUGAAUUCUAUGCAAAUGUUAACAUAAUAAGAGAAAACUUCAUGUUCUAAAGUGCCUUACAAUAUGCAGGUGACAAGUGAUAUAUAUAUAUGCAGUAUUGUUAUGUAUAUUUUGUAUAAAUGGCCGAUAUGUUUAUGUAAGCAAAAGCACAAGAUAUAGAUGUGAAGUGCCUUAUUGUCAUACCUAUAUAUAUGUAUGCCAAAUGUAAUACCAUAGACUAUCACAGAAUUCUUAGAACCACUA